AUGAAAGCUUCGCGGAGAGCCAAUGGCAAUGGCGAUGCUCCCGUGGAAGGUGCGAAGAAUGUAGCGGUGAGCGAGCAGAACCCCGCUACUCGCAGGGUCAUACGUUCCCAGUUCCUCAAACUCAAGAAUCUCAUCAACGACAAAAAGGAUGAUUUGAUUAACACGGAGUCCGACAAGUUCGACACCAUUUUGGAUGAGUUCGACAAGUUACACGACCAAGUGAUUGACGCGGUUGGAUGGAAUUUUGCAGUUGAGAAGCCGAGAGAGCAGGUUGCAGAUGCAGAGGCACUGUUGGAUCUCACACGCACUCUGUUAGGAUCUGUUAGGUCUUUGGCGAACGAAGGUAUCACCCCUUCGCAAUUUGUUUCCUCUUUGCUCAUACGCUAUGGCCAAGGCCAAGACUCAAUCGACUGGCAGAAGCUUGGCCUUGCCGUGUCCCCAAUCUUUCUCUCCGUUCAUGGCUCUUCUACCAUGCUUGGUCCUAUGGACAAGGAGUUCAAGCAACGAAAAACCGGAGUGCGCAAAAACCGUGAACCUCGCCCAAUUGCAACUACUAGACCUGAACAGCUUGAUGAGACUGGUACAGAGGAAAAAACUGAUACUGACAAAAACAUGGCGACUAUGUUUGACAUCUUGAGGAGGAGAAAGCGUGUCCGACUUGAAUACUUAGUUAUGAAUAGAAAGUCUUUUGCUCAAACUGUGGAAAACUUGUUUUCUCUAUCAUUCCUAGUGAAAGAUGGUCGUGCUGAGAUCAGUCUAGAUGAAAAUCGUUUGCAUUAUGUUGCUCCUAAAAAUGCUCCAGCUGCCAACUUGGUAUCAUCAAAAGAAGUUUCUUACACCCACUUUGUAUUCAGAUAUGAUUACCAAGAUUGGAAGGUAAACGGGUACAAUGCUUGUAAACUUAUGAAAGAUGUGGUGCCUGAAGGGAAAGAGUUGAUGCCACAUCGGAUUCAAUGUUCCACUGAGUCUCAGGAAAGGAUGGGUGUUGACAAUUCCCAACCUGCUUUAGCUUUAACACCUAUAAGGAAGCUAUCGCGGAAUCGAGGACUGGUUGUGCAGGAAGAAAGUGUUGUGGAAGAAUCUCCUGAAUGUGACGAAGAAAAUGCUUCCAGAGCAGGGGCUAUUCGUAGGUGUAAGCGUAAACUUCAUUAA